AAUUUAGUUAGCAUACAACAGUCGUCGCAGGCGCGUAUCAUCGUGGUGUCUGUGUUGCAAAAGGAUAAACCGUGGCUUUCGUGUGCAGUUCAGGCUAGAUAAAAGAAAAAGGAUUCUAGAUUUCCCAAGCGUUACAGUAAAAAUGACAAUUUGCUCUCGUAGAACGAGAACCAACGAUUGCAAGCCCCAUGUGAGCGAGUGAGAAAGCGGAAGAUAGAACGACAGCGCAAUCGAUUUAAUGUUUUUGUUUACGAGAUCCCUAGUGUGGCAAGAAAGAAACGGAUAAAGGAGUGCGACUCGAAAUACGAGCCUAUGGUGUGAGAAAACCCAAAGUGGAAAACUUCGGGUCGGAAAGAAAAAGCAGUAGGGAAAAAACCCCAGUGAUGGUGUGUCCGGUUAUUCGGGUACCCGUAUGUGUCAUUGUCAAUAUUUGCCGAUGAGGACACGGGAUGCAGUGGCGGAAAAAAAUGUUUGAGACCGCAAUGUGAGAGCAAACAUGAGGAAAAAUUGCGUGUCUACUGAACGUGAAUGAGUGAGUGAGCACGAUUAUCAACCGUGGUGCGACGUGCCCAGGUGGAUCGAGGAAAUGAGGAAAAGUUAGACAUAACCUACAGAAUUUGAAGGUGAAAAUUCAGCCGCACGCGGGAACGAGGAAAAACACGAGUUAAAGUUUUCAGCUGUGCCAUGACUUGUCGGUUGUGGAUCCGGUGCAAAGUUUCAGUCGGGCCUGGAGAAGAAUGAAGAGCGGCAAAAAAUCACGUAGUGAUAAGUUGAAGUGUGUGACUGCCGAGGAAAGCGACGGAAUGGAAAAUUAGAGUACAAGAGCUUCGGAAAUUGUGUGAUAUUGAAAAGUUUUCAUUUUAUUCAUUUGACUCGCUCGACGUUGUUGUUGUGAUUUUGGUUAUGCCUCUGACACGCAACGAAAAUCGAAUCAAAUUCGAGAAAAAGAAAAAAAUGAAGUGAAACUGUGCCAAAAGUGCUGUCUAUCAAGUAAGUCACAGAAGAGGUGCCAAAGCGAAACGAAACAGAAUUAGAGAGGUGGCGAAUAGUGUGAGCGAGUGUGAAAAAUCGAAUGGUGACCGGAAAAUUAAGUUACAUUCGGGCAGUGCGUCUCGAACAGCUCCUGGUCGUUGAAGGGAAAGCAAGCAAGCAGCAGGAAAUAAUUGGAUAAUUUAAUUUUGUGGGGAAGCUUUAGUCCGGCAAACUUCGGUCAGGCUGGCUGGUUUUUGUUUGAUCAGUCCCACAACAAUCGGUGUUAAGAUCAUACGAGGGUGCUCUGAUAGCGUUUGCUCCUGCGGCGGAUUCCGCAGCACCCCAAUCCUGUUAAUUUUGCAAUGCUCUACAAACGGUAGCAGCUAAGCAUGCAAAUUGUUCGCAACAAUCACACACAGUCAAGCACUCAUAUCUACUAACACUGCAUCAGCUCGCAGCACGAUAAAACACGGAUCAAACCCCCUGCAAAGACACAUCAAAUCAACGAAACUUUUUUCUCUCACCUACAAUGACGACACCAAUGUACCUUCUUCUGCUGGCCGCGCUGAUUUCGAUCAGUAGUGGUGCGAAAGUAGUUCAUACUGGCAGUCAACGGUUUGCCAUGGAACCCCAGGAUCAAACUGCGAUCGUGGGUUCCAAAGUGACUCUGCCCUGUCGAGUCGAGUCCAAGGUCGGUCAGUUACAAUGGACUAAGGAUGAUUUCGGCCUUGGCUGGCAUCGUAACCUAAGUGGCUUCGAACGCUAUUCAAUGGUCGGCAGCGAUGAAGAAGGCGACUACUCGCUGGAGAUCUAUCCGGUGAUGCUAGAUGAUGAAGCACGGUACCAGUGUCAAGUUAGCCCCGGUAAAGAUGGAACCCCCGGAAUUCGAUCGCGUUUUGCGACGGUAACGGUUCUUGUUCCACCCGAACCACCAAAGAUCAUUCAGGGGGAUUUCCUAGUAACAACCGAAGAUCGCGAGAUCGAACUUGAGUGCGUUUCGGUUGGGGGAAAACCUGCCGCUGAGAUCACCUGGAUCGACGGUCUUGGGAACGUUAUGACCAAAGGCAUCGAAUAUGUAAAGGAACCUUUGACCGACACUGGCCGCUAUACUGCCAAGUCGAUCCUUAAACUGACACCAAAAAAGGAACACCACAACACCUCCUUCACAUGUCAAGCGCAGAAUACAGCUGAUCGUACGUAUCGAUCGGUUAAGUUGAAGUUGGAAGUGAAAUAUGCCCCGAAGGUUAGUGUUUCCGUCAUUGGAGGAGCUCUUUCUGGCGGUAGAAUACCCGAGGGAGCUGAGGUCCGACUCUCUUGCCAUGCGGAUGCUAAUCCAAAUGACGUCAGCUAUAAGUGGUACAUCGGUGACGAGUUGGUCGUUGGCGAUUAUACUACGGAAAUGAUCAUCCACAAUGUCUCGAAAAAAUUUCACGAUGCUGUCGUCAAGUGCGAAGUGCAUAAUGCGGUUGGCAAAAGCGAAGAAAGUGAAAUUCUGGAUAUAAGCUACGGGCCUACUUUCCGAUCGCGACCAAAAUCAGUAGAGGCUGACUUGGAACGACCGGUCACAAUGGCGUGCGAUGUCGAUGGUAACCCUACACCGGAAAUCAUCUGGAUUCAUGAGGAAUCGAACAGAGUGGUGUCAACAUCCGCCAACAUCACAGUCAUCGCCUCAAGAGAAACGGCCGGAAGCUACUACUGCAAAGCCAGCGUAAUGGGAUUCCAGGAAAUAGAAGCUAUGUCUUCACUUUACCUCAAGGGGCCCCCUCAGAUCCGAUCGCAGCGGCAACAGUACGGGGCAGUAAAUGACAAUUCUCAAAUUCAAUGCGAAGCUAUAUCGGUCCCUAAAGCGAAACAAAUCAUCUGGACCUACAACGGCCUAGAGAUCAACAACGAAAACGACUAUACAAUCCUCGAGAACCAUCAACCGGAAGGCGUCAGAUCGACCCUGAUCAUCAACAAUAGCCAGAAGCAACACUUUGGCGUUUAUAACUGUACCGUGAUAAAUGAAUACGGAAUGGACUCGAUCGAGAUUGAAUUUAAGGUCUCCAAAGAUACAAUAUUGCUACCGGUAAUUAUUUUUGGCUCGAUAGGAGGAUUCGUUUUGGUGAUCAUUAUGAUCAUUAUUGCGAUGUGCUUCUGCGUGCGGAAAUCCAAGAAGAAACUUCCUCCUGCUGAUGUUAUACCAGAGCAACAUUACAUCACUGAGAAAGCUUGCAAAGAAAGCGAUCGUUCGUCGAAUGUAAGUGAUCUAAAAAUUGAUCGCGAUCAUGAAUACUCAGAGACGUGCUCCGGAACCGACAGUAUUGCAACUCGUUUGGCAAUGAACAUCCUGGGCUCGUCGAGUGGAAGCAACAAUAGUGGCAAUGGAAACACAGGUGGAGGAGUUCCGCUGGCUGGCCCAGUACGCAUUCCAAGUGACUAUAGAUACUCGGGAGAUUUCACCGAUGGUCUCGGUACACUGCAGGCAAAAAUAGGACAAAGCAAUGGCGGUUAUGUCCCCUACGUGGACUAUGCACAUGACUACAACAUGCCGCUACACGUUAACACCAAUGGUCAAUUGCCAAACGGAAAUCUAAGUUUGACGCGGAAUCGAGCAGAGCUCCGGCAAGACAAUGGACUUCCCAACAUCGGAGGUGGAAUGGGAAUGCUGUCAAACAGCCUCAUGAACACUUCUCUGAUGACCGCUCCAAGCAUAGACCCGCGUUACAGCGCCACAUACGGCAACCCGUAUCUGCGUAGCAGUACUGCUCAGUUGCCUCCACUUCCACCGCCAAGCACGGCGAAUCCGGCGGUUACACCAGCUCCGCCACCCUACAGCUUAGGUCGUAACCAGAACUCACUACUCUCAAUGGGUGUGAAUCUGGGAGUUGGUAACGGACUUAACAGUGGCAGUAUUGUUGGAAUCACUUCCGGUCUGACGAGUCCCGAGUCUGUACGAUCUUCGUCCGGUGCAAAUACCAGCAUGGACCAGACGUCCCAGCAAAGCCAACCAACGCCCACUCUACCGACUUCCGGGACGAGUCCUGGCCCUGGUCAGUUCAUUCUUCCAGCGAACGGGGAUCUACGGAAAGGUGCCCUGGCAACACAUGUCUAGCGUAAGCGUUCUCGUAUCCCUUUGUUAUCCACUGCCUGUUCGGCUUAGGUGUAUGUGAGCAGCGUCUAUCCAUAGUCCUAAAAGUGGCAGCUUUCUUUCUUUGUUCAGGUAGAUACACUCAACUGAUAAUGUGUUAGCAAUAUUUAUUUAUCUUUGUCGUUUGCUUUGUUAUGUACUUACACAGCGUAUAUCAGCUAGAGAUGUUGAAUUUCUAUCAAAGUUAUACUCCAACUUAGGUUCGUUAGAAAUAACAAACACUAGACUCAUAAAAAACCUCAACUGCAAUAAAACCAAUAUCAGUUGUGUGUGUGCCAGAUUCUGCGGCGAAAAACGAACUUGCACCUGAAUAAUCAAGGAUCUCCUCAUAUCGCAGCCUCACCCACCACCCACACGUGUGUGUUCAGUAUAGCACAUAUCUAUCCCCCGCCUUGCCAUAUACUCCGCUGUCGCCAUUCUGUCAUCUUUCCCUCCUCCCACGUCAACAACAAUCUUCUACAUUGUGUAUGAGAGACGAAAAAUGCGUGGCCUUAUUAGUCGAAACUAAAAUGUAAAACCAAACGAACAACAAAACAGCAGUUGAAAUUGGAUAGUUUUUUUUCCUUUAAACUUGUUCUUAGCGGAAUCUAUUAUAAUCGAAAAUUCCAAAUUUUAUCGUAGCUUAACAAAAAUUCGGCUUGAGCUUUAAAACUUUUUAGCAGAGAGGAACAGACAAAAAUGUAUAUCGCUGUGUAACAUGGAUAUCUAAAAAAUCUGUAAUACCUUUAAAACACAACUACGGCUGAGAUUUAAGCAUAGCACAGAAACUUAUAAGCGCGUGUGUUUUGACUUUGUUGACGAUAGUACCGUUAUUUUAACGAAAAAAAAUGUAAAAGAAGACAAAAGUUGCAUUUGUGGUUCAAGCUUUUAAAAGUUUUGCUGAAACGAAAAAAAAAAAGAUUUAGCGAAGAUAAAAGAGAACCUUAGGCGAAAGAAGUUUUCUCUAUUAGACAUACUCAGACAGAGCGAACGCUGAGGCAAGAUGUAGAAACGAGAUUUCAUAUACGUAUUAAGUUUUUGCCAAUACCCUCCCACUACACAAUAGAUAGAAAAACCUUUUUAACGAAAUAGCUCUCUUUCUAUUAGAGACGACAACGCAGAAGAAGCAGAUUAGGGGGUAAAACAAAACGACAAAACAAACACACACUGCUGUUAGGAAAGCUCGUUUCCCUUAAUAGAACAGAGCAUCGCUCAGGUACAAUGCAAUCGCUGGCAUCGGUGUUUUCCCCCCGCCGACACUGGGAAAUGGAAGCUGGCAGUCAUUGCAUUACUUGUGAAGCAGAAAAUCGUGAAAUUCAAGCUAGCAUUACAAAGAUGAUCGAGCAUUAGAUGGUACGUACUCCUGUUUGCGAGUGUGUGUAAUAUACCAAAUUAUUUUUAUUAUCCCUAAGUUUUAGCAAACAAGCGGUGGGAAAAUUUUAAGAGAUAGUAAGAUGUAAGAGAUAAAAGCAAAGAUCCCCCUUGACUGAUAAGUAGUUAUUCUUUGCAGGUAUAUAUUCUAUACAUAGCUAGUGGUUUAAGUACUUAGUUAAAAUAUUAUACAGUUUUCGCUGCUGACACAAAGCAUCGUUGUGGGAAUCUUAAGGAAUUGUAAAUAGCGAAAUUUUAACUGAAGCAAAUCGCAGGAGAACGAAAUGCAUAUAUUACUUCUAGUGAUACUUUUAGAUAGUGCAAGUAAACGAAUCUUUGUAAAAACGAAAAGAUAUUUCAUUAGACUUGUAAACCCUGUCAAUUGUAUAUAAAAAACAGAAAUCUCUCUAUAGGCCAUAAGGAUUUGAAGUCAAUUGAUUCUCAUAUAGAUAAUAUAAAAAUAAAACGCUGAUUUUGACGAAAAUUAAA